UCCAACUAUCAGUUAGUUUUGAAUCGGGCCAAGCUGCUUGUUUGGCGGAGGUUGACCAGUAGUACAUUGUUUCGUUAUCCCAUGUGUUCAGACUCGUACCUCCCGGGUUUGCUAUUCGAGGGGAGUGUCAAGAAUGUCAUGGGUCCGGGACAUGAUGACGGCGUAGAAGUGCUUCAUCUCGCGGCUGCUUCAAGUGAACUUCACCCAUGGAGGUUUCUUGGCGGCUUGUUCGCUGCGGCAAAAACGUGCCGAAAGCCAAGAGCGUGAUUCUUCUGGAAGACAGGGAAGUGGUGAUAGGACGCAACGUUGCCCAGAAGUACCGGGUCGACAACGCCAACGUGAGUCGAAACCAUGCCCGCCUGAAGCUCGACGCCGAAGGACGAUGGAGCAUCGAGGACCUCCGAAGCCACAACGGCGUCUUCGUGAACGGCGAGAAGAUUCCUGCUCUGCGUCCUCUGGUUAUUUUAGAGAACGACUUGAUAGGCCUAGGGAGGCCGGCACCGACAGGAGACGACGUUUACGUGUUCAGGCUUGUAAAAUCGGGCGAGGAUUCGAAAGUGUCAGCGCGCGUGGAACCGCUCGCUGUGACCGUGGACGACGACGACGACGACGACGACGUUCAAAUCACGGCCGUCAUCAACCUUCCGGCUGCGUCCGCUUCGCACUCCAGACCACCUGCUGGUUCUGUUCGGAACACAGAGAGUGAGCAGGCCAGGCUUCGAGCAGGUGCUAGUUUGACAGCCAAGCUAACCAAACGAACUACAGAAAGGAAUCUCGUUCGCUCUAGCUUCACAAAUGGAACUGUGUCUCAGAUACAGGAGCUGUCACCUCAGGCAUUAAUACCCUGCAAACAAGAACCUUUGGUUGCCACGGUGAAAGCGGAAGCAGAGGACUUGCUUUCCAGCAAUGCAUCAUCCUCAGAACCGGUUAGAGUUUGCAGUCCCAUUCCUAAGCAGAACUGUGCCGUUUCAACUGCUGCUGUGCUCAAAGCAGCACGAUCCGAGACCGCCUUAACAACUAAAUCUGGUCCCAACAAAAUGGGCAGUGUCAUCGUGAAGACUGAACACCAGGACACAGUUUGGGUGUCUACAGACGACUCGUGUGGCAGUCAUUCUAGUUUGGAAACGUGUAGUGGCAUUGGCGCACCGAGCCCCAUGCAAGCUCUGAACACUUCUGUGCCCCUGCAGGGGGCUGGAAACCAGUUUUCUGUUGUGAAGACUGAGCCUCAGACCUAUGAAGUCCCUCCAGUUAGUGCCCCGAAGAGUCGACGGAGUGAAUCUACAUCAGCCUUUGCGCAUGGCAGGCAGCUGAACUGUGCGGAUGGAAAUUCACCUGUUCUUCCUAACCCCCUGCCAGACAUAGUUAUAAAAACAGAACCUCUCCUUCCUUCCAGUGCUGUGAAAACAGAACCAGCAUUGGAAUUACUAAAAGAACCAAGCCACCUCUCUAAUAGAGGAAGUGUUGGUGGCUCUUCCAGCCCAUCUUGUUCUGCUGAAGAGUUGAUGCCCCAUCAGCAGACACUUGCCGAAGUAGGCGCACGGGGAUCUAAUGUUCAUACUGCGGACAGGCCAAAGUGCAAAGAACCGCUGACAAGCAUUGGGCCAAGGGUUACUGUCGGCAAUACUGCCACUGGUAUUGAGACAAGGGACAUUGCAAGCACUUCUACCAACUCCUUGCUUUUGACAAAGGUUGCCUCUCUGCAACACCUGCCAGAAGUUUUGCAUCCACACAAUGUGCAAAAGCACAUCAAGACUGAGAAUGGCAAAACAGUGAAGUUGAAAACAGAGUCUGCCGAGAUGGAAGUUUGCACUAGGAAAACCGCUCCAUCCUCUGAAGAUGGUGAAUAUUCUGUGGGCUAUAAGCAGAACAGGUCAGAAUCUUGUGUGUCUGAAGCUUUUCCUUUGUUCAGGAAUUGCAGUGUCGUCCUUGAACGACUUGAAACAACACUAUUGAAGCCAGUCUCCUCUCCAAGGUUGAUUCAGCAAGGUGGCCAAGAUGUUGAUGAAGAAGGCCAGAAUUUUGAGGACGUCGAUGCUGGCUCAAAACAAGACGUAGAAGGUGCUGCAACCUUUAUGUUCUCUCAGGAAGAUGAAAUUAUUAUUCUUUCAGAUGAUGAGGAUGAUACCUGCUACACAUUAGAGUGCCAGGUCAAGAAAGAACCAGAAGAUGACAUUAACCUUAAGGAGGUGGACAAUCAUACCUUUGAGGAUGUUGAUCCUGAUGAACCCGGGUGGUUGGAUUUCGAGGAGUCUGCAGCAGGGGCCACUAAGAAUGAAGAGGUAGGAGUCGGAUUGCCAGAAGAUGAAGAUUUAGAACGCAGGUUAGUAUGGAACGAGGAAGACUUUGAGGAAAGUGACACUGAAGAUGCUGGAGAAGGUGUCGGAGACCAGCAAAGACGUGUCGAAAGCCAAAAGCAUGAUUCUUCUGGGAGGCAGGGAAGUGGCGAUAGGGUGCAACGUUGCCCAGAAGUACCGGUGCAGGCCAAGAAUGCACAAGAGUACACCCCUGUUAAUAGAAAUGACUCGGAUGUUCUUGCAAAAAAGCAUACUUUCAGUGCUCCAACUUGCAGUGCGUUCCUUCACAGGUUGAAGAGUGGUGACAACUUGAACAGAAGUCCAAAGAAGAAAGGCAGUCUUAAGGAGAAAAUGAUGCGAUCGAUGAACCAUAGGGUCCCUAUGGCAGGAGGAGGCUCUGCUAUUAGGAAGAGGGAAGCUCAUCAGCCUAGGAAAUCAAGUGUGCAUGAUGCAAAGCAUAAUGCUCGUGGGAAGGCUGUUGACAGCAAACAGGAUGGGCUUCAGAUCCCAGAGGAAGAGUUUUUUCCUGAUUUGUCACAGAACUUUUAUGAAGACUGUACAGUUUCAAAGCCUGUUGAUAAAAAGAGUGAUUCUUUUCAAGAGGCCUCUUCUUCCACCAAAAGUAGUUUCAAGAAUCAUAGGAUCCCAGUGGCAGGAGGACGUUCAGCUGUCGAAAAGGGGGAAGCUCAAGAGCCUCGGAUUCCUGAAGGCAAGGCCAGUACUGCUGAAGAAUUGCCGAAGAAGCCCCAUUAUAAAAGCAGGUUUCAGUCCAGAACAUUGCACUUGCUGGACCAGGAACAGAGUAUCGCUGCUGCCAUGAACAUCAACAAGAAGUCUUCCAAAAGAAGAGCCCCCUCUCCUCUAACUGCACCAGCCAAGAGGUCCAAAGCCACCCACGCAGUUGUGGAACACCCUCCUAAAGCUGUAAGCGCAUCUUCCCAAGCGCGAGCGGCAAUUCAUAACAAGUCACCUGGUACAACAGAAGUUUUGGCAAGUCCGGACUCUUCCGUCUCUCCAGUUCUAAGCUUUAAACAGUCUCGAAGAGUUUCUAGGGUGGGUGCUGGAAGCCAAGGGCCUACUACUUCAGAAGCAGAGGCCAAGGUACAAGUGAAGGAGGUCACAACUUCCAGCCAGGAUCUGAAUUGCACCCAUCAUAACACUGAGGAAGUAACAAAGAGAACUGUGGUGUCGUUCAUCGAGUUGCAGCCAAGCACCAGGACUGACCAAGAAAGGGCAGAGUUUUCAGAACGUGUCAAAGCUUCGCUCAGGAAGAGAAAGCUGGUGAACUCUCUGAAAUCCAAAGUGAAUAUGAAUACUUUCAUUAACUUUCUGCUUAGCUGGAAAAUACAGUGGCUAAAAGAACAGAUGAAUGCUGCCACGCUCCCACCCAUCCUGGACAUGGAAAAGGUCCGUGCAAAGCGCAACAUGUACAGUUCCAUGGAUGAGUACAAAAUGAUCCACUAUCAUUUUCUGUGCCUUGAAAUAUGGGAGGAUGUCUUCAAGAAAUGGCGAGAUUACUUCUCCCGCACAACACACUUGACCUUCCAAUCAGUCAUCACUCAUCAUGAGUGUCCUCUUGGCGACGUGAUGAUCUUGUCUUGUGUAGUGGUAGUAGGUUCUGAAGCAGAGCAGAAGUCAGAAUAUCCCAUGGAGGGUCAUCUUGUGCGCCUCGACCUCCGUAUAAGGGACCAGGACAAGGCAGCAUUGCCAGUGCUCGGCUUCAUCACAAAAAACAAGUUACAGAGCAAGAAUGUAUCAAGGAGCGCUCUGCCACACCUACUGCAACCUUUACAUGCUCCCAAGUGUGUGCUGAUCUCCCUGACAGUUUAUGUGAAGGCCAGGGAUAUCACGCUGAACUUCAACAAGGUGCAUCGUAUGACUGUUGUAUCCAAGAUUACACCCACCCUGCGCCAGAUGGAAGCCGUCGCAGACCUGGAGCAGUCUCCCUAUGGGCAGGUUGUGGUUCGCCCCAACGCCCACUACUUUUGGCAUCGGACGGGAGGUGCCAUGAGCAAAGACCUGCUGCUGAACUACAACAGCCAACAACAAGAAGUGGUGUCUUCAGCAGUGCAUGCCAUGAAUAUGCCAGGCAGCGACAUCAGAGUCGUCAUCUUGCAUGGCCCUCCGGGCACUGGCAAGACCCACACUCUAAUCGGUAUCGUCAUGGGCUGUCUUUUUGGCUCUUCCCAUCGGUCAAUCCUCAUAGUCGCUCCUUCAAAUGCUGCUGUGGAUGAGAUUGGCCGGAGGCUUCUUGCCCAGAGAGCUGUGCAGUCAAGUCAGAAAGUGCCAGGAGGCCAGGUGCUGAAACUAGUCAGGGUGGGACAGGACAAAAUGAUUCAUCCCGAAGUUCGUGGCAUCGUGCUGGAGGAGCUUGUGAAGAAAAACAUCCAGUCCGAGAAGCGGGAUCGGCUGCAGGAUUACGACCGGGAGAUUGAGUCCAGAAGGAAGCGAUUGGCUCGUCUCGGGAGGGAUAUGACCAAGUCGGGCGAUGUGAAGCUUCUUCACCGCUUGGAGUUUGAAACAAAGCACUUGGAGGCAGACAUCCUGCGGCUAUCGGAAGAGAAGAGGAAGUGCCUCCAAGGUUUUUCACGGCAGUCCUACGAAAUGAAGCUCAAAAUACUGCGUAAGGCCAAUGUGGUUCUCUCGACUUUGAACAGCUGUCGCAGCCGCCUCUUGGAGGAAGCCUUUGGCCGUGCGAGCCCUCAGUGCUUUUCCAGUGUCAUAGUGGAUGAAGCAACACAGUGUACUGAGGUGGAGACCCUUCUGUGCCUUCAGUACCGCACCAGCCGGCUCGUCCUGAUUGGGGACCCUCUUCAACUCCCAGCAACUGUGUUGUCACGCCAUGCCGUGCAGCUCAACUUCCAGGAGUCUCUGUUCGAGCGUUUCUACAAGUGCCUUGAGAACGAGAAGAAAGGUGGUGCCCAAGCCGUGUUUAUGCUCACCGAUCAGCGGCGGAUGCACUCGGAGAUCUGCAGUUUUCCUUCGCGCUACUUCUACGAUGGGAAGCUGCAGCCAGUGGCAGGUUUGGAUGCCUCCUACGCAUCUUUUCCGCUCAAUCCCUACCUUGUGUUCAAUGUCCUGGGAAGCCCAGAGAUGAAUGAUGGUAGCUCAGCGUCCAUGGCGAAUCACGGGGAAGCAGAGUUUGUGGUACGCCUCUGCCACACUGUCAGGAAGGUUGUGGGUCCUGGCACAAGCAUCUGUGUCAUCACAUUCUACCGGGCACAGAAGACCACCAUCAGUGAGCUUUUGCAGCGGGACUCUUCUUUCGAGGUGAACACAGUCGACGGCUUCCAGGGCCAGGAAAGGGAUGUCGUUGUGCUCUCGUGCGUCCGUGCGAGCCAUCCCAUGGGCUACAUUGGGUUCGUCGCUGAUGCCAGGCGCCUUAAUGUUUCCAUCACCAGGGCCAGGAAGGCACUGUUCAUCUGUGGACACUUGGACACUCUUAAAGACAGCCUGGAGUGGAGUGCCCUCAUUAAGGACGCUAGAAAUCGUGACAGGGUCCGGAAUGUCUCUGCCGACUGCUCUUCUCGGGAGCUGGGACAGUUUAUCGCGAAGUGACAAGUCAGAUUUCGACGUCUUCAUGGUUUUGUUAUGACUGUAAGGACUGAACACCUUGUGCAACGUGCAUGCUCUCUCUGCCCGGUGCCAUUUUUAGCUUGUGCACAUUGUGAAGUAACCCAAGUUCUAGUUUGUUUUGCCAAAGUUGUGGGCUUCUUUUAUAUUGUCUACUGUACUCACGGUCACAUCAACAAAAAAAGUUGUCAAAUGAAGAAACAGUGCUUUUGGGUGUUUGGAACAUGUAUGUCUCGAUAAAAUACCAGAAAUAUAAUUUAAGAUGUACCUAGAUAUAUUUUAGUUCAACACGCGAAGGGGGAAAUUGGUAGGGUUGUGCGAAUAAUGGUUUGAGUCGAAUAGCGCAGCGUCACUCCUAGCUUUUGCACUGUUUAAAGAAUGGGCCAUCUUGGCUUUCCCUUACAUUGUCGAGGCUAUGGAUGUUGCAGUGCUAUUUGAUUCGAACCACUAUUCACACAAACCUAGAAAUUGGUAAUGUUCCGCGAGGUACCAUACCGAUUUUUACUACAGUUCUUCAAGUGAAUACAAGUAUAGUAUCUCGGUAUCGGUCGUACAGCUUUUAGAUUUUAUUUGAAACUCCGUGGAGGUGAACGUGCCAAUUUUUGUUUACCAUGCACCAUACAAUAGACCGAUCUCAGCAGCCAGUUUGACUACGCCACCGCUGCCGCAAUGCAUCGAGGGAACUUUAGUCUUUUUGCACGUGCGACAACCUCGCUGGAGCUCUUCGCGUGUAGAGCACAAGAAGGCACGAGCCCUCGCGUGCGCGACCGUCUGCCUCCUGUGAACUAAAGUUAUGGCGGCUUUACGCAUGCUCCCAACGCUUAGUGAGAUCGAUCUAUACUCCGUCACCUGGUCCUUUCAAUAGACCAGGCAGUGGUGCGUGUAUAUUACAGCUGGAAAGACUAGUAAAUUAAGCAAGUCAUUAUCAGUGCCUGUUUCAUUUUGAUCCUCUUGGUUUUUCAAAAGCAGUCUGUUUUGGACAUUUCAGUAUUCAGGUAAUACUUUCCAGUUUGCUGGAAUGCAUUUGUAAAUACUUGUGAGGUGUAUGUAGCUCAUGCCUUAAAAGUGCUCUUAGGUCCAUUUGCCUAGUUUCUUCACAAUGUUGUCUUUCAUUCCAGUGUGUUGUGUGAUUCUAGAAGUUGCCCUUAUUUCUUGAUGUGUUCCCUUGGCUGGCACAAUAUUAGCUUUCACUUUCUAGGUUGAGUGUGAUACUUUUGUUUGCAUGUAAAAAGUUCUGCAUUGAUGCAACUUGAAAUAAAACUAGCGAAAGAA